UGCUCUUAAACCGCCUUUAGGUUGCGUCCAUAUAAAGCAGCGGAGCGUUGAGUUGGGAACGCCUUCUGAUUUUUAUCACUGAGAGGGAGACGAUAAGAGCAACGAAACAAACAAAAGAGCGAAGGAAGGCGCGAUCAAAGCACCUCGAAAAUGCUCAGAGCUGCUUGCAGGAGUUUUCUAGGGUUAGGGCACCAGAGUGCCCAGCCUCAAUCGCAAGUUCUGCUUCGUUUCUACCAUGAACGCGUCGUCGACCACUACAACAAUCCUCGCAACGUCGGAUCCUUCGACAAGAACGAUACGACCGUCGGGACGGGGCUCGUCGGCGCUCCUGCUUGCGGCGACGUGAUGAAGCUCCAGAUCAAGGUCGACGAUGAAACAGGCAAGAUUGUCGACGCAUGCUUCAAGACCUUCGGCUGUGGCUCCGCCAUCGCGUCUUCUUCUGUAGCCACUGAAUGGGUGAAGGGGAAGAAAAUGGAGGAAGUUUUAUCCAUAAAAAACACCGAAAUUGCAAAGCACCUGUCGCUUCCCCCAGUGAAGCUGCAUUGCAGCAUGCUUGCAGAGGAUGCAAUUAAGGCAGCUGUGAAAGACUAUGAAGCUAAACGAGCCAACUCAAAUGAACCUGCUGGGGCGGCACAUAAUGAGAAGACCGCCGUGGAGGCUUGAAGCUUAAGAAACCAGGAACUUGGGUGACCAAGUAGAUGACUAGUUUAGUUAAUGAUUUCUGUUCAUGUAAAAAAAUAAAUUUUAUAUAUAUAUAUAUAUAUAUAUAUAUAUAUAUAUAUAUAUAUAUAUAUAUGUUCCUUACAGAUCGAAAAUGUGUAUGCUCUUUUCCCGGGAUUUCCCACUUGCGCAGCAGCCAGAUGUGAAAGAGUUGGGGUCUCUGUAUCAGCUACUAAUCAUGUACUUUGUUCUCUUUGGCUUGUUCACAGUAUUGCCCUCAUGGAUGUGUUUAUAGACCAGUUGCUUCUUUA